AAGCUCCGCGGAGUCGAAAGCCGAAAGCCAAGCCACGAGGCAGUAUCACUCUGAUCAGAACCGACAAUGUUCUCUAUGGGGCUAACGGACAUGCAAAAGAUCGGAUUAGGGCUGGUGGCAUUUGGUCUCGGUUUUCUCUCCCUCGGCGUCGUCCUGUUCUUUGACAAAGGACUGCUGGCCAUGGGAAAUCAUCUGGUCAAGGAAAAAAAGGAAAAGAAAUCCAAGAAGAAGGCUUUAACGACUCCUCCUCUAACAAAGGAAAGAAGGACAGCAGUAAUGGGCGUCGCUGCAGCUACUCGUGUGGUCUGUCUGUCGGUGCUGUGUCUGUGUGUCGGCGUGAGGGGGUUCUACAUCCCUGGAGUGGCGCCCACGGAGUACGAGGAGGGAGACAAGCUGGAGAUUAAGGCAGUAAAGAUGACAAGUAUAAAGACCCAGCUCCCGUACGAGUACUAUUCUCUACCGUUCUGUAAACCAAAGGACGGAGAUGUACAUUACAAGACACUCAACCUUGGUGAAGUGCUCAGAGGUGACAGAAUAGUAAACACCCCAUACCAGCUCUCAGUACUGAAGGAUCAAUACUGUAUGAUACUGUGUGAGACGGAAUUGAACCACAAACAAGUCAAAGCCUUCAGUCAGAGAAUUGACGAGGACUACACUUUACACAUGCUGGCAGACAACCUGCCGGCAGCCACAGUGUUCAAGAACCUAAAGAGUGGAGAGCUGCAGUACGAGGACGGGUUCAAACUCGGGUUCUCCUACACGAGUCACGUCGUCAUUAACAACCACCUCAAGAUCAGGAUCAAGUACCACGCGGUCCCCAAACCAGAUAAGAAUGUCUAUCGUAUUGUGGGAUUCGAGGUGGAGCCUCAGAGCAUCCACAGCAGUGCAGUCUCCAAACAGCCCGACGAUCGCUGUAUCAUCAACAAAGACGACCUGAAAGUCAUGGAACUGAAGAACUCCAAGGAGAAGAGGAAGUUGCCGCUGAUGUUCACCUAUUCUGUGGUGUGGGAAGAGAGACCUGAGCUGGCGUGGGCCUCACGAUGGGACACCUACCUCUCCAUGAGUGAUGUCCAGAUUCACUGGUUUGCCAUCUGCAACUCUGUCGCCAUCGUUCUGUUCCUCUCUGGUAUCCUAGCACUCAUCAUAGUGAGGACUCUGAGAAGAGACAUUGCACGCUACAACAAAGAUGAAGAAGCUGUAAGACUUAUAGUAGCCAACAACACACAAAGUCUAAUGCAACUCCAAUGUAUGGGAAGUCCUUGCAAUAGGAAGUGCUGUAUAUUAAUGCAACAUGUGGCACAAACCAUACAUUGAGGCUGCACAAGACUUUUGUGUCAGCACACAAAGUUGCACUUGCUGAGCUCUUCUUCCUCGUGACUGUUCACCUCAGAUUUCUUGACCUUUCUUACCUCCCUCUCCUCCAUGGA